AUGCCACAUUCUAGGUCUCGCUCCAGCCCCAAGAAAAAAGGAUCGAAGCGCAAAGCUGUAGACUCUGACGUGCAAGCGAAUUCAACCAAGAAGUUGCGGGCUGGGGCCGAGAUACCCCUGCAAUUACAGCAGCCAGAGUUCGUGGACAACAUCCUGGCCACUCGACGCUCUGGGCAUGCAGGCGCAGGAACAGGAGGUAGGGCCGUCCAAUUAGAGAAGAUUGGCGCCCUUUUAGAUGCCUCUCACAUGCGCACCACCCAACACAAGGGCACUACUUCGCUCGACUUGAACACUCCUGUGAACCCUCUUGCUCCAGAACAGCCUCGUAAGGGCCGCGGGAGUCAUUCAAAGAUACCCCCUCCACCUCUUCCAUACAGCCCCUCAGAGACAGUGGAUCCUCCGAGUUCUGGAAAGCAGGGGAAGAAGGAUAAGGCAACAAAGAAGGGUGUUGCUCCUGCCUCUACUAGUAGCUGUGAGGUACCAAAUGUUCGACCCAGCUUUUCGCACUGCAAACCUGGGUCGCAGUUUGGAUUCAGGCAGUCCCUCACCUCUUCUGGCACAGACGUUCAUUUGCAGGUUAAUAAUACACUCGUAGCUGCCACCAAGAAGCCUUCAGACCCCACAGCACAUCCUCCACCCCCCAUAUAUCCAACGCCAAAAGCACCUACCACAUCCACGUCAGUUAUGCGUCAAGCUGACACUAACUUUUACAAGAAUCUGGACCCUGCCCUGCGGUCAACCGCUGAUGUAAGUUUGGAAUUGCGAGACACUGCUUCUGAAAGUUCAGACUCUGAGACUACUGACGAUGGUGAUGAACGUGAUGACGAUGACAAGGAUAGCAGUAGUGGCGAUGAUGACGACAACGGUCAGGACGCUCAUGGAGACCAAGAAGUGGGAUGGGGUGCAGCGUAUGGGCGCCAUAGUGCUCAUCCCGGUUUUUCAAAAGAAGCUCAACCCUCACAGCCUCUUGUCACCACCGCCCUUCCCACUGACUUUGAAUUUCAACACUCAUGUGACGAAGAUGAUAAUGCAGCAAUGAAGUCUUUAGUAGCCGAUGUCACAUCCAGCACUGAUGAUGCUUCGACUCCGGUCAUGUCUGCUGAUGUGCUACACCUUCACCACAAGCGAAACGGACGUCCCUGCCCUCCCAACCCUGUAAUCCUCGAUCUCUUACAUCAGGCUGAGACAAAAGAUCUCAAGUUGAAACCAAAGGUCAAAUCGAAAUCAAAGGCAUCACGCGAAGGGCCGAAGGCUACGCAGUUGGGAUGGUAUGGUCCCCGUUGGAAGAGUUUUCUCGAGUAUGCGAAGGGAGAGUGCGGUGUCCAACAUGCGAUAGAGAACCCAUUCCCGAAAUUUGUCGACAAUCUGCCAGGUUCUGUUAAUGAGGCCCUCAUGUCUUUGCUUGUCGAGUGGCUGGAAGAGGGUAAGCAAGUUGAAGAGGGUGUGUGGCCUGAUCGGAAACAUGACAUGGCAAAGCUGCUUUAUGAAGAUUUAUCAAUGUGGCGCUCAGAUCUCAAGAAGAUCAUAACUAGCAUCGCGCCAUCCUUAUAUGACCUCAUCCCGCCAUCUGACAUUCCUCCCCAAGAAUGUUCAGCCUGGGUCAAAGAGGCCGUGACGAUGUUGCUAGAAGACUCUGCCUUUCUGUGCUACGGUAUGGAUGAGCUCGGCAAAACUCAAAAUGCAGCUCACCCAGCACUGCACGAGGCUGUCAUUGCUUUCUUCUACACUGGCUCUUAUCGUGUUGCUCGCAGGAGACCUGACAUAUUUCAGACACAAUUACCUUUGGAGUGCCUUGCUCUAGUUUGUACAGUGGUGAACUGUGUCCUUGAUGGCUUAAAGAGGAACGGUAACAGCAAAUCGAUUCCGAAGUUUACUUCCAAGGAGUAUGGUGCCUUGUACGAGUCGAUGUUCAAACUACUGAGACAGCUCAUGGAUGAUCCUUAUCAUGGACCGAAGCUGGUGCGACAGCUUCGUUCGUGGGCCGAAGCUGGAUGGCAAGCUGCGCGUUUUUUUAUGAAGUUUUGA